AUGACAACCCUGGUCGAAUACACUCAAGUCGAACUCCUGACGCUUAGCGGGCCAGAAUUCCGCCGGGUGUCAACUGCUCCUCCGCGCCAACCAACCGAUGAUGAGAUUCCAAUCAUAGAUCUCGCUUCUAUCGACAAAGAUCUGGAAGCGAGAAAGGCAAUCGCAUCCAAAGUCAGGGUAGCGGCUGAGAACACGGGCUUCUUUUAUAUCAAAAAUCACGGGAUCUCAGAAGAGCUCAUUCAGAAAGCCCUAUCCCAAGCAAAGGCUUUCUUUGACCAGUCAAUUGAAAGAAAGCAGCUAGCCUCAAGCAAGAAUGAUGGAUGGCACGGAUUGGGGAGCAGCCAAAUUAACAAAACAGAAACAAGGGACCGCAAAGAAACAUUUUCUCUACGCUAUAAUCUCAGCAACGAUCCAACUAUCUCAGAUCCAGAGACAUUGACCACCGACAAUGACUUUUCAUGGGAUACAACAAGCCAUCUCCCAGGGUUCCAAGAAACAACAAUUGAAUUCUUCAAGAGCCGCCUCACGCUCGCGCGCAAGAUCAUCCGUAUCUUCGCUCUCGCUCUGGGCAUGCCGGAAGAUUACUUUGACGAUGUGAUGACGAACCCCGGCGCAGACGGGCUUUACACACACUAUCCCGCUACACCAGUCGAUACACUCGAAGACAACGGGGAUGUCGAUGUCGGUAUCGGCUCGCAUACCGAUAUCCAGUGCGUCACUCUUUUGUGGCAGGAUAUGUCCGGCGGUUUGCAGGUCCUGUCUGGAAGUGAUGAGUGGCUCGAUGCUCGACCUAUCCCUGGCACGAUGGUGGUUAACAUUGGCGACUUACUGCAGCGUCUUUCGAAUAAUAAGUUCAAGUCCACGGUGCACAGGGUUUAUAACCGUCAACCUACCUCAAGGUACUCGAUGCCUUUUUUCUUGGGCUUCAAUCCGGAUUCGGUUUGUGAGGUUGUGCCUUCGUGUAUCGAUGAGAGUCAUCCUGCGCUUUACGGGCCUAUCUCUUGUGGAAAGUGGCAUCGAAACCGACUUGAACUCGCACACGGAAAACCAAUUUCUCCUUGA